CCCUUACAGCGGAGUCACACCGCCAUUUUGGGUUGUGUGGGUUUCCGGGAAAUUUGGAGUGCAACCUUGCUCCUAGUAGUUCGGUGGGUCACAGCCCCGGCUCCCAAGUCCGAGUGUCAGGUUGGAGCCGGGAAGCGUCCCUGGGGCUACCGGCGGCGGGGGCAGGAUGAGCGCGGAGGCGGCGGACCGGGAGGCGGCCACCUCCAGCCGGCCCUGCACCCCGCCGCAGACCUGCUGGUUUGAGUUCUUGCUGGAGGAGUCGCUGUUGGAGAAACAUCUGCGCAAGCCCUGUCCGGAUCCUGCACCAGUUCAACUUAUAGUUCAGUUUUUGGAACAAGCUUCCAAACCUUCAGUUAAUGAACAAAACCAAGUUCAACCUCCACCUGAUAACAAGAGAAAUCGUAUUUUAAAACUACUUGCUCUUAAAGUUGCUGCACAUUUGAAGUGGGACUUGGACAUAUUAGAAAAAAGUUUGUCUGUUCCAGUAUUGAAUAUGCUGCUGAAUGAACUGCUGUGCAUCAGUAAAGUUCCUCCUGGGACAAAGCAUGUAGACAUGGAUCUGGCCACUUUACCUCCAACCACUGCCAUGGCUAUACUUCUUUACAAUAGAUGGGCAAUUAGGACAAUUGUUCAAAGUAGUUUUCCUGUCAAACAGGCAAAACCUGGACCUCCUCAGUUAAGUGUUAUGAAUCAGAUGCAACAGGAGAAAGAGUUAACAGAAAAUAUUUUAAAAGUGCUCAAAGAACAAGCUUCGGAUUCUAUUUUGGUACUAGAGGCAGCCCUUAAAUUAAACAAGGAUCUUUAUGUCCACACAAUGAGAACAUUAGAUUUAUUGGCCAUGGAGCCAGGCAUGGUAAAUGGAGAAACUGAGAGUUCUGCUGCUGGAUUGAAAAUCAAAACUGAGGAGAUGCAGUGUCAGGUGUGUUAUGAUUUGGGUGCAGCAUACUUCCAGCAAGGCUCUACAAAUUCAUCUGUCUAUGAAAAUGCCAGAGAAAAAUUUUUUAGAACCAAAGAACUAAUUGCAGAGAUAGGUUCAUUAUCUCUGCAUUGUACCAUAGAUGAGAAGCGGUUAGCUGGCUAUUGUCAAGCGUGUGAUAUUCUUGUACCUUCUUCUGAUAGUACAUCUCAACGGUUGACUCCAUAUAGUCAAGUCCAUAUUUGUUUGAGAUCUGGCAACUAUCAGGAGUUAAUAAAGAUUUUCAUUGAAGAUAACUUAACCUUCAGUUUACCUGUUCAGUUUCGACAGUCAGUAUUAAGACAACUCUUUCAGAAAGCUCAACAGAGAAAUGAAGCCCUAGAUGAAGUCUGUUUUAAAGUCUGUGCCUGUAACACAGUCCGUGAUAUACUGGAAGAUAAAACAAUUAGUGUUCAAUUUAACCAGCUAUUUCUUAGACCUAAUAAAGAGAAAAUAGACUUUCUUCUUGAGGUAUGUUCAAGGUCAGUAAAAUUAGAAAAAGCUUCUGAUGCUUUGAAAGGAAAAAUGGCUGCUUUUCUAAAAUCUAGGAAUGUGUGUCUGGGGUUGGAAGAUCUGCAGUAUGUUUUCAUGAUUUCUUCACAUGAGCUUUUCAUUGCAUUGUUGAAAGAUGAAGAACGAAAGCUACUUGUUGAUCAGAUGAGGAAGAGAUCCCCUAGAAUAAAUCUGUGCAUUAAACCUCUAACUUCAUUUUAUGAUAUCCCAGCUUCGGCAAGUGUCAACAUUGGCCAGUUGGAGCAUCAGCUGAUAUUGUCAGUGGAUGCCUGGAGGAUUCGACAGAUUUUAAUUGAAUUACAUGGUAUGACAUCAGAGCGCCAGUUCUGGACGGUGUCUAAUAAGUGGGAAGUACCUACAGUCUAUAGUGGUGUUAUCCUGGGAAUUAAAGACAAUUUGACAAGAGAUUUGGUUUACAUUCUUAUGGCCAAAGGUUUACACUGCAGUACUGUUAAGGACUUUUUCCAUGCUAAACAGCUAUUUGCUGCUUGUUUGGAGUUGGUAACAGAGUUCUCACCAAAACUUCGUCAGGUCAUGCUGAAUGAGAUGCUGCUUUUGGAUAUUCAUAAACAUGAAGCUGGGACAGGGCAAUCAGGAGAGAGACCUCCUUCUGAUCUUAUUAGUAGGGUGCGGGGAUAUCUGGAAAUGAGGCUUCCCGAUAUUCCUCUUCGUCAAGUUAUUGCUGAGGAGUGUGUUGCUUUUAUGUUAAACUGGAAGGAAAAUGAAUACCUUACACUGCAAGUUCCUGCAUUUCUGCUUCAGAGCAACCCAUAUGUAAAGCUUGGACAGCUUUUGGCAGCUACAAUCAAAGAACUUCCAGGCCCUAAAGAAAGUAGACGGAGUGCUAAAGACCUUUGGGAAGUUGUUGUUCAGAUCUGUAGUGUGUCCAGUCAGCACAAACGAGGAAAUGAUGGCAGAGUUAGUUUAAUAAAGCAGAGGGAAUCUACAUUAGGUAUAAUGUAUCGGAAUGAACUGCUUUCUUUUAUCAAAAAAUUACGGGAGCCAUUGGUUUUGACUAUUAUUUUGUCACUCUUUGUGAAACUUCACAAUGUUCGGGAGGACAUUGUGAAUGAUAUUACAGCUGAACACAUUUCUAUUUGGCCAUCCUCCAUCCCCAACCUUCAGUCAGUUGACUUUGAAGCUGUCGCAAUCACAGUAAAAGAGCUAGUUCAGUAUGCUCUCAGCAUAAAUCCAAACAACCAUUCCUGGUUAACAAUUCAGGCAGACAUUUAUUUUGCAACAAAUCAGUAUUCGGCAGCUCUUCACUAUUACCUCCAGGCUGGAGCUGUGUGUUCUGAUUUCUUUAAUAAGGCUGUACCCCCUGAUGUUUACACAGACCAAGUAAUAAAAAGAAUGAUAAAGUGCUGUUCUUUGCUGAAUUGCCACACACAGGUGGCAAUUUUAUGUCAGUUCCUCAGAGAAAUUGAUUACAAAACAGCCUUUAAAUCACUGCAGGAACAAAACAGUCAUGAUGCUAUGGACUCCUACUAUGACUACAUAUGGGAUGUUACCAUUUUGGAAUACCUGACUUAUCUUCAUCAUAAAAGAGGAGAAACAGAUAAAAGACAAAUUGCGAUCAAAGCCAUCGGCCAGACAGAAUUGAACACAAGCAACCCAGAAGAAGUGUUACAGCUAGCAGCGCAGAGAAGGAAAAAAAAGUUUCUCCAAGCAAUGGCAAAACUUUACUUUUAAGCAGUUAAAAUUUUUUAACUUUUAUUUUUUAAACAAUGGGCUAAAAAUAAGCAGUAUUAAAAGAUUAAGUUUAUAUAAUACAUA